AUGCGUGGAUUUCCCAUGCCACAUCCAGAAGAAUGGGCGGGUGUAGCGCAAUCGAAGUUGGCAUCACUUCAAGGUUGGGAAUUGGUUGUAGUGGUCGAGGACAGCGCCUCCGAUAUCCUUGACAUGGAUGGCGUGCAUUUAAUCACAUUCAAUCAACACAAUCUUCCAGAGCUUGAAUUCGAGUGGGGAACUUCUCUUCGUGGGUAUUCGAUGAAAAAUAUCGGUUAUCUUUACGCUAUCAAAAAUGGAGCGAAAUAUAUCUAUGAUGCGGAAGACUCUAUUACUUUAGACGAAGGAGCUGUUAAAAUGUUCGACUAUGACAAAACUACGAAUGGGCUAUGGUUCUAUGUAAACAGCAAGAUGAAUACCAGUGCAAGGAUCUUCAAUCCAUAUGAAUUUUUCGGGAAUAAAAAUGCCACAUCUGGACUCGUCUCCAGACAUUUUAAGAAUCAUACAAACGCUAGGAAACGACUACGAUUAUGCAAGGAAAGACCAUCAUCAGUAGUUCAACAUGGAUUGGUGAGAGGAGAAUCCAGAGCAAUUUCCAGCGAUUCCGGAAUCGAAACAGGCGCCGACGACGAGUUCAACAAGUUUGCUCCUCAUAUCAAUCUUGCGCCAGGAGUAUUUUCUGCGUGGGAUUCCGCUAACACUCUUUUCCAUUAUGGCGCAUUCUUCGCCCUUUUUGUCCCAGUAUCCGUUACUUCUAGGAGCGCAAUGGUGAUACGGUCGUACUACAUCCAGAAAUUGUUGCAUUUAACUGGCGCCAGCGUUGGAAUCCAUCCACCAAAUUCGGUGAUGAAAAGAGAUGAGGAGACGAGAGAAAGACUUCUUGACGAUGGAAAUUUAACCGUAAUCUCCAACCAAAUGGUCGAGUUUCUGGAAUCAUGGAAAUGUAAUCAGAGGCGGAUCGAAACGUGUAUGCUUGCAUUGGCGAAGGAAUUUAGUGAUAGACACCUUUGGAGCGAAGCAGAUCUUGCAGCUGUAUCGACAUGGAUUAAGGUGCUUAGACGAUUAUCCUACAAAUUCCCCAAAAUCACCGUCGAGAACCCGGAUUGUGCCUUUGUGUUUGAGGAGAAUACAGGUGGUCAAAAUUGUCGCUAUGUCGGUAUCGAUUUUGCCUCAUCCACUUCAAGAAACAGUGCUUAUACGAAUUUAGAAAUUGCUCGUCAAAGGAUUGAUGCAUUCAAAUCCGUAGAUGAAUGGUGUACUGUAGGCGGUUACGGUUGGAAUUCUCGUCAUAUUUUUCCAUUUUAUCAUCGGUGUCCGCGUCGUACGGAACGCAUUACAGAAUCGAACUGCCAAUAUCCUACUCCAUCUCAAUUGGCGUUGAUGCAUAGGAAGGAUUCGGUGUUGACGAGUAACAUGGAUACAGUAUUAGUCGUAAUCAAUAACCAUCAACGGAAGACAGGGAUGGGGCUACUGCAACGACUCUAUCAACCAUACUUUGGGAUCACAAUUUUCUGUGGGACCUGGAAUCCGUACGAAUAUCGUGACGAUGGUCAAUAUCCGGAAAUGAUUUCUCCGUUCAACUACAUCCAUCUUUCGGCGGCUGAAUUGGUGCAAGGUGUCUUUAUGCAUUAUUGUUUGGCGAAAGUCCGAGAACUCAGACUUCGAAAUGUUCGAGGUGGAAAUGCCGCGAAGCGUGCGAAAAAAUUAUUCACAGAAAAAUAUCGGGAUAACGAGAAAGUGAAAGAACUAUGGUCAUGCUAUGAAAAAGGACUGUUGGAAGGAGGUCACUUUCUGGAUGCUGCCUCACACGUUGCAAAUGAUAUCGGUUGGACAUUGAGCGAUUUCUUCUACAUUCCGCAAAAAAGAUUGGCUUAUCUAGCCGCAGCGUUGGAAAUUUUCUAUGAAGCCCGUCUUUUCGUCGAGCUUUCCAUGUACAAACUUCUUCAUACUGUGCCACACAACAGGCUUCCACGUGAAAAAUUCGCUUACGUACCUCUACAAGUACGCGAACGAUGGAGAGAAUAUUAUCAUCCGAACCUUGUCAUGAUCCAUCCCGUAAAAAUCAACACAUUUACGGAUAAAGGCAAGAGAAAAGAGUUCUGUGAAACAGUUAUAGAAACAUACGGAAAAGCAUUGUUUCAAUGUGGACAAUAA